AUGGCCCGGGCGUUUGUAAGCAACAGACAGGCCCCGCUGUCGCCGAGAUCGCCCAUCGCUACGGAGGCCAUCGGUGCCCAACGAGCCAGCCGGCCCCGUGCACUCUUCAGGGCGUCCAGUUUCCUCAAUCUGCGAAGCAACAGCAGCUUUGGCUCAAGCACAAGCGGUACUUCUGCAUCACAGGCAAGGAAACGAGAGGAUGGAGAUGAUCAAUCGUGGACGCCGAAUCCACAGAGUCCCCGUGAAACAGCACCGUCGGGGAAGCCAUGGUUUGAGUUUGGUGUCCUUGGCAGACGCGUCAGCUCAAGAGCAGCCAGCAAUAAGAGCGAUGGUCAUGAACCCGACCGAGAUCGGGCCACCGAGGCUGGCGGCCAACACAACGCACCAGCGGCAGAGUCCAGUCCAAAAGCGCCUCCAAGAGCAGCCCACACAGCCAAGCAGCAUGACUGGAAACAAUGGGAUCGUGAGGCCGAUGCCAAGCUCUCUCGUCUCGUAAACGAGUCCGAUCUCACCUGGCAUCGGCCCUCGUUUAAGCAGAUUAUUGAGUCUCUGCACCUGGCCGCCAUGUCAGGCGAGACUGUGCCCACAAUCCCAAAGAUGGAUUGGCAAUCAGCUCAGGCACUUUCAACCGCUCCUUCAUCCAAACGACGGCCAGAUUUGCCUCCUCUUCCUUCCCCGAAAGUGGUCAACCUAGACCACCCAAUCCCGGGACGCUACCGGAGCCACAUUACACAGGCCAUUGAAGGCUUUCAAGAUAUGCAAUACACCCUAGACAUGACCAAAACUCGACUGGAUGAAGCCCGCGAGGCUCACGAGCGGGAUCUGGACCAGUUCGCAGAUCUCAGCAAGGAGUGGGCCGCUCGUGAAGAGCGUUUUACAGCUGAGAUACGACGCCUACGAUACUCCCUCGCAGCGGCAGGUGUGGCGAAACAAGCACGAGGCGCGGACGGAAGACGCGAUACAUCGCAUGGGGCCGAGCAAAGCGCAGGAGGCAUGCUGGUUGCGCAGAAUGAUCUACCGGGAGUCAACCAAAAAGCAAUCGACACGAUCACAAAGAAAUACGGCCGGAACGAGUCAGGGCAGAGAACAGCGGAUGGAAGUAGCCACGAGACAAGCAAGAAGAAGAAGAAGAUAAGGGUGGCUACGAAGCCGAACAGAACAGGAGAUGGCGCUGUGCCCACCGAACGAGCAACCUCCGCAAGCGAGCAACGGGUCGAAGCAUAUGCUGCGGCAACCUCCAAUGCGCUCCCAGUGUCGAGCGGCUCGUCGUCCUCGACCUCAAGCUCGGACGAGGACCUGGUCAUGUAUGAGUACAACAAGGCUCGGUCUCUGUCACACAGUGCGAACGGUGAGGAUGAAGCUCAAAACGGAGGCAACGAAGGACCAGCAUUUCAGGACCAAUCCGAGCAGGCAGGAUCAAGAGGACAGGCAGGGCACGCAGAGCCACCAGAGCACGCCGCUGCUGGACAGGGCCUUCAGCAGCACAUUACGAACGCCCAGGGAAUUGAACUCACGACACAAUUGGUAGCAGGAGACUCUACCAGCUUCACUGAGGCUAUUGUUACAACCGACAAUGGCGCGUUUGAUUCUGGCGGUAGAUUUGUGCAACAGCGAGUUGAGCGAGCAAGUUCUUUCUAG